AUGCUGAGCCUCAAGUUACCCCGGCUGCUCAGCAUCAACCAAGUGCCUAAGGGGUACCAGGAGCAGGGGAUCCUCUUCGGGUAUCGCCCUCCGAGAAGCUCGGCCGCAGACUGCCUCCUCAGCGUCUUCCAAAUGACGAACGAGACCCUCAAUAUCUGGACGCAUUUUGUGCCUACCUGGUACUUCGUGUGGACCCUGGUGGGGCGGCUGCGGGGGCCGGGGAACCGGGAGGACCCCCACGCCUGGCCCCUCCUCGCCUACCUGCUGACCUGCUGCAUCUACCCCCUCGCCUCCAGCUGCGCCCACACCUUCAGCACCAUGUCCACCCGCGCCCGGCACAUCUGCUACUUCUUCGAUUAUGCGGCGCUCAGCAUGUACAGCUUGGGGUCCGCGCUGGCAUACUCGGCGUACAUUUUCCCAGCAGAAUGGGUCAACAGCACUUUCCACCGCUGCUACGUCCCCAUUGCGGUGUUUAACACUGUCGUUAGCACCAGUCUGUCCUGCUAUUCCAGAUUUGCAGAGGAGGAACCUCAGCGUUGUCGCAGCCGAUUGCGUUGUUUUUAA